AUGUGUGAGUUGUUUCCGUCUGUGGAUGGCAAGAUGUCAGCUUACGAGUCAAAGCUCAAACAUCGGUCAGACUUUCUUCCAUCGGCCAGUACAGCUUUAACGCAAAGCAGCGACGGCAAGCGUUCUGAGAACCAUGCCAAGAACCUUCUUAGACAGCACGUGGGCUCAGCCGUUUUCGUUGCCAUGGCUUCUGGCGACGUCGUUGCGAAGCCACCGGAACACGUUCGCUGUAAGAACUUCGGAUGUAGCCAGUUCUUCGAUCCGAGAUACCCAGAGCAAACGGUGUGUACUCACCAUCGGCUUCCGCCAGUCUUCCACGAGACCGCGAAGUACUGGGCCUGCUGUCCAGACAAGAAGGCCUACGAUUGGGAUGAAUUCAUGAAGAUCCCGGGAUGCCAAACAGGACACUGCACCAGCGUCGCCAAGGACAAGAAGUUCUUAGGAGGCGCGGAUAUCCGGGCCGAGCACGCGCCCAAGCGCUUGGACGAUGAAGUGCCCGUGGAUCCCAGAAAGAAGCUGGACCGCUUGCGCGAGGGCCUCGUAAGCCUCGGCGUGAGUGCCGACGACUUCGAUCGUGCUUGGGGUCGCCUGGGCGCAAAGCUCGGGGACUUGAGCUUGGUCGCACAGAAGAUGAACCAGCUCUUUACGGAGACGUUGCAGACGAUGGAUACGGAUGACAUGAACCUGCCAGACUGA